GUACUAUACCUAACAAAAUCUUGAAAAAGGGGCAAUUAGAAAGAAGAAAAACAAAAGAGAGAAGAAGAUCCGUUUUUAAUUGCAAAUCUUACAACUUCUCUCAAGAUUAAUUUAUGUUGUACCUUUCUCUCUCUCUAGUUUCAUCCAUUCAACUCUCUCUCUAGAUUCAUUUCUAAUUUGCAAUUAAAAAGCGCCGAGCUACAUUUUUAGUUAUUUCUCUAACCCUUAAUUACAAAUUACAACUCUUUUUUUCUCCAGAUUCAUCCAUUUCAACUUCAAAAAUUUCCAAUAAUCACAAACAAUUUUAGAUUUCUACGACAAGAUUCUUAGACAAAUUCAACUUUCCGACAAGAUUGUGAGCUCGGAUCAUCCAAAAAUAUGGUUUUUUUUAGGGAUUUAAGAUUGUAAACUUUCGAUCUUCCAAAAAUUCGAGGGAGAAUUUAGAAUGAGAGAAUUUUGUGUGAGUAUUUGUGUUACCGGUGUUAUUUGAUUCAGUUGAACACACUGAACCCACGCUACUGGUUGAGUAUUGAGUAGUUGUUAUUAAAGAUGCACAUUGUGAAAGGUGUGGCGAACCUCAUUCGAGGUACGUCCGGUAGCCAUCACACGGUGUCGGUCGCCGGUUCGCAACCGGAGCGGUUUACUCUCCCUGCGCAGAACAUUCAAUUCAGUGAGGUUGGCAAUGAGUCAAUACUAAAGGGUCUCUGGGAGAAAUACGAAAAGGCUGUUGAUAAGGUGGAAAAGAGAAAGUUGUUUCAUGUUUUACUCAAGCAGUUUGUAGAAGUGCACAACAAGUGGGAGCCUAUAAUCAUUGGGGACCAUACAGAUAGUACAUUGUCUGCUGUCUCAGUAGUGGAGCAUUCGUUUCAGCCGAGUGACACAGUUGUCGGCUGUUUUGCUGGACAUCCAAGUGAACUUAUAAUAACCUUGAUUGAUGAAAUAAUACAAAUGACAGCAAUUGUCACAGAUUUGGACGUCGGAUUUUUGAAGUCUACAUCUGAUUCAUUAACUGUUUCCACAAGCUUGAAGAUUACUUCAGAAGGGUUACCUGCCCUAGACGCAUUGAUGAUCAUAGUUCGUUCAGUGCAUAACUGCAGAGUUUUAGGCUACUAUGGUGGGAUACAAAAACUUGUUGCUUUGAUCAAAGCGGCUGUUGUCCAAUUGAAGGCGAUUGCUGGAGCUCUUGCUGGAGAUGAACCUUUGUCUGAUCUUGUUCUGGACACAUUUGAGCUGUUGCAAAAGCUACUUGUACAUGUGGUGUCAAUACUUUGCAGCUUCAUCGACUUGAAUUCAGAUGCUUAUGAGAUGGCUAAUCUGUACAGCAGUAUUACAUUUUCAUUACCAAGUGGUGGUGGGUCACUGAUAGAUCCAUCCAACACUUUUAAAGUUCAUCAUGGAAAGUUGCACCCUUUGAAGCAGACAGCUAUUGUGUCAGUGAUGGAAGCUGGUGGUCUCAAUUGGUUAGUAGAAUUGCUUCGUGUCAUGAGAAGAUUGAGCAGUAAGGAACAGUGGACGAAUUUGUCACUUCAGUAUUUGACUUUGAGGGCUCUACAUUCGGCCUUAGCUGAAAAUUCUCGUGCUCAAAAUCAUUUUAGAAGCAUUGGAGGGCUUGAAGUUUUAUUGGAUGGGAUAGGACUUCCAUCAAAUAGUGCAUUGGCAUCACAAACAGCCAAUCUUUCGGCGCGACAAAGGUAUGAAAAUAUUCUACUGGCCUUAUUUCAACUCCAUGUUCUUUUGUUGGAGGUUCUUAGGGAAGCAGUACAUGGGAACUUAAAUAACCUGCAGUUUUUAUGUGAAAAUGGAAGAGUACAUAAGUUUGCAAACAGCUUCUGCACUCCUGCUUUUGCCCUUCAGGAUUUUGAGCAGCGGAGGAAGGAAUUUUUGGUGGAAGAUAAUUUUGAAAAUUUAGCUUCAACGUCAGAGUAUGGCAGUGAUGAGAAAGUGUGUAAAACAGAGCCUUCAAUGGUACCACCUGCUGAGGACUUUAUUAAAUAUUGGCAUUGUUAUGCUUUUUCAUUGAGCCAGACUUUCUGCUCGUUCAUUCUUGCUUUAGCGGAUAUCAAAUCUGACAGCCACGAAGGAUCAAUUGGUCGACAUAGUAUGCCAGUUUCUUCAUCUUUUUCCGAACUUUCAGUAAGAUGGUUCCUAAGGGUUCUUCUGAUUGUCUUUCCCUGCAUCAAAGCUUGCUCUAAUCAAGAUGAACUGCCUGCUUAUUUAAGAAUGUUUGAGUGUAUCUUACAGCAUGAAGUGCUGCAUGCAUUAAGGCAGGUUUUAAGUUCCUUACCAACGUUGCUUGAAGUUUUGCGGGCGGAACAGAUAUGGGAACUUGUCUUCUCAGAGAACUUCUAUUUCAGAACCACUAUGGAAUAUUCUGAAGUUAAUUGCAUCACGACCAAGCGUUCCUGCUUAUCUUCUACCUUCAAUGGCAAUGAUAAUGAAGUGCAAGUUCCUGCUGCAGUAGAUCUCCAAAGGGAAGUUAUCUCAUUGGCCGAGUUAGCUGCAACUCUUAUGGAGACUACACAUAACUUGCCAGAAUGCUCUGCUUUGUUAGAUGCACUUGAGCAGUCUGCUCCCAAUUCAGAGAUUGCCAUUGUGCUUUGUAAAAGUCUGCUUCAGAUAUUGCAACAUGCUCGAGAAAAAACUGUUGCCUCUUUUAAAGAGCUUAAUGCGAUGUUCCGAGUGCUUAAGGUAGCUUGUGUUCAAGCUGAAGAAAUAAGGUCUAAUGAUGCGACCCAUUUUGAAGAAGUGAACCUUCCACCUAACGGUUGUCAAGGGUCAGAUUUAUCUGCAACGACGAACAAUACGAACAGGAGCAUGGGGGCGUCCGUGGAGCUCUUCAAGGCAUACUUUCGUGCUGCAGAUGACGCAAAAUGCUUGGUGCUACAAAAUGUAGAGUGCAUCAACUGUUUGUUUGAGUUGUUUUGGAAUAAAGAUUCAAGGAAUCUCAUGCUUGGAUAUAUUCUUGACCUGAUGAAGGCAGCUCCGAAUUCUAAAGAUGAUCAAACAGCAAAGUUGCAGUUGUGUUCUAGAUACCUGGAAACUUUUACCCAGGUAAAAGAAAAAGAAAGAGAUUAUGCAGGAGUGUCAAUUGAGCUUUUGGCUGGCAUGAGAGAGAUGUUGCUGAUAGACCAAGCGUAUUAUCAGGAACUGUUUCGUCAUGGCGAAUGUUUUAUUCAUGUUGUGUCUUUGCUCAAUGGAGUUAUUGAUGCCACGCAUGCGGAGAAGUUGGUCCUUGAUGUGCUCCAAACACUGACAAGCCUGCUGUCCAAAAACGAUGUGUCGAAGGCCUCAUUUAGAGAUCUUGUGGGGAAGGGUUAUCAGACUCUGCAAAGUUUGUUGCUGGACUAUUGCCACAGGCAGGCUAGUGAGGACGUUUUAAAUUCACUGCUUGACAUGCUUGUGGAUGGCAAGUUUGAUUUGAAAGGGAGCCCUUCAAUAAAAAAUGAAGAUGCAAUAAUUCUCUAUCUAAGUCUCUUACAAGAGAGCAGUGAUUCUGUGCAGCUUGAGGGGCUAAAUAUUUUUCUUCAGCUACUGAGGGAUUCUAUCUCCAACCGAGCCUCCUGUGUGAGUGCAGGGAUGCUCAGCUUUCUUCUUGAUUGGUUCUCACAAGAAGACAAAGAUAAUGUGAUCCUGAGAAUCGCACAGCUAAUUCAAGUCAUUGGUGGCCAUAGUAUAUCAGGGAGGGAUAUCCGCCAAAUAUUUAUGCUUCUAAGAAGUGAAAAAGUUGGUAAUCGACAACAAUAUUGCUCAUUGCUUAUGAAUUGCAUUUUGGCAAUGCUGAAUGAGAAAGGACCAACUGCUUUUUUUGACCUUAUUGGGAAUGACUCGGGAAUCGUACUCCGGACACCUCUGCACUGGCCUCUUAACAGGGGUUUUACUUUCUCUUGUUGGCUUAGGGUAGAAGCUUUCCCCAGAUUCGGAGCAAUGGGACUCUUUUCUUUCGUUACGGAAAAUGGGAAAGGAUGCUUUUCUCUAAUUGCGAAGGACAAGAUCAUUUAUGAGUCUAUUAACCAGAAGCAUCAUGGCAUUUCACUCCAAGUCAGUCUUGUUAAGAAGAAAUGGCAUUAUCUUUGCAUAACCCAUAGCAUCGGUAGAGCAUUUUCUGGGGGUAGCCUGUUAAAGUGUUAUCUGGAUGGCAAUAUUGUAUCCUCUGAACGAUGCAGAUAUCCGAAGGUUAAUGAUCCGUUGACAAAAUGUUCAAUCGGCGCCAAGAUAUCUCUUCCUUUCAGUGAAGAAGAAAUUGCUUCUUACGCCAUCAAAGACAUUUCACCAUUUCUUGGUCAGAUAGGUCCAGUUUAUCUAUUUAAUGAUGCCAUCACGUCGGAGCAAGUCAUGGGUAUCUAUUCCUUGGGUCCUAGCUACAUGUACUCAUUUCUCGAUAAUGAAUAUGCCCUGUCAUCUGAUAAUCCCUUACCUGGUGGAAUCUUCGAUGCAAAAGAUGGUCUUGCCCCCAAAAUAAUUUUUGGACUUAAUGCACAGGCAAGUAAUAAGAGAGCAUUGUACAAUGUCGCACCCCUCAUAGAUCAUGCACUCGUGAAGAAUAAUUUUGAAGCUACCAUACUGUCUGGCACACAGUUAUGUUCCCGGCGUCUGCUACAACAAAUUAUUUACUGUGUAGGAGGCAUAUCUGUGUUCUUCCCCCUGUUUACUCAAUCUCACUGGUAUGAAAGUGAAGAGCAAAAUGAUAAUAGAGACCAAUUGCUUAUACCUAUCACAAAAGAGCGUCUCACAGCGGAAGUUAUUGAGCUUAUAGCUUCUGUCCUAGAUGAAAACGUAGCAAAUCAACAACAGAUGCAUCUUCUUUCUGGUUUUUCAAUUUUGGGGUUUUUGUUGCAGUCAGUUCCAUCUGAGCAACUCAAUUUAGAAACUCUUUCAGCUUUGAAACAUCUGUUUAAUGUUAUUGCAAACUGUGGUUUGUCGGAGCUGCUCAUAAAAGAUGCCAUUUCUGCGAUAUUUUUUAAUCCUAUGGUCUGGGUGUUUACGGUUUACAAAGUGCAGCGUGAACUGUAUAUGUUUUUGAGCCAGCAGUUUGAUAACGAUCCAAGGCUGCUAAAGAGUCUUUGCAGGUUACCACGUGUUCUGGAUAUUAUACGCCAAUUUUAUUGGGAUAAUGCAAAAUGCCAAUCUUUUGGUGAAGGGAGACCUCUCUUGCAUCCUAUGACAAACAAAGCUAUUGGAGAGAGACCGAGUAAAGACGAAAUACAUAAAAUUCGUCUUCUUUUGCUAAGCCUUGGUGAGAUGAGUCUUAGGCAAAGUAUUGAUGAAUCGGAUAUCAAAGCACUUGUAACCUUUUUUGAGACUAGCCAGGACAUGGCAUGUAUCGAAGAUGUUCUCCACAUGGUUAUACGGGCUAUAUCUCAGAAAUCACUUAUGGCAUCAUUUGUUGAACAGGUGAACUCCCUUGGUGGAUGUCAUGUGUUUAUAAAUCUUCUGCAGAGAGGACAUGAGCCGAUCAGAUUGCUUAGCUUGCAAUUCAUAGGCAGGCUUUUGGUUGGCGUUCCAUCUGAAAAGAAAGGACUAAAGUUUUUUAACCUUGCGGUUGGAAGAUCUAAAUCUCUCUCUGAAGUCAAUAGGAGGACCCAUUCAAGAAUACAGCCAACUUUUUUAGCUAUAGCUGAAAGACUGUUCAGUUUUCCUUUAACUGAACAUCUAUGUGCCACUUUGUUUGAUGUUCUCCUCGGUGGUGCCAGCCCGAAGCAGGUGUUACAGAAGCAAACCCAGCUGGAGCGUCAAAAAGUCAAGGGAAAUAGCUCUCAAUUCUUUGUUCCUCAAGUUUUGGUUCUCAUCUUCAAAUUUCUGUCUGAGUGCAAAGAUGUAUCGGCUCGAGUCAAAAUAAUUGCAGAUCUUCUUGAUCUUCUUGAUUCAAGUCCGUCGAACAUAGAAGCAUUGAUGGAGUAUGGAUGGACUGCUUGGCUGACAGCUUCAAUGGAGCUUGAUGUAGUGAAACAUUACAAACUGGAGUCAGUUAGUCAAAGCGAAAGUGAGAUGAUUGAACAAAAUUCUGUGAGAACAUUGUUUUGUGUUGUCCUUUGCUAUUAUCUGAUAUCUGUGAAAGCUGGCUGGCAACAUUUGGAGGAGACAGUGAAUUUCAUACUAUUGCAUUUUGAAAAGGCUGGUGUCUCUUACCACUUCUUUCUUCGGGAUAUAUAUGAAGAUUUGUUACAGAAACUUGUAGAAUUCUCUCACGAGGAAAAUAUUUUGGCAUCACAGCCUUGUCGGGAUAAUACUUUGUAUUUCAUGAGAUUGAUCGAUGAGUUGCUUCUAUCUGAGAUUGAUCAUAAACUUCCGUUUCCGGCAACUAGCUCAGAGUUCUCUCCGGAUCUGCUUGAAGUAGAGGGAUUCAAAGAUCUGGGUGCCGCUCUCCAUGAUGCACUGCAAGGAGAUUCUGUUGAAAGAAUGUCUAGAAACCAACUAGCUAACAAGCAACCUACAACUAAUGAAGAUGUAAUAGCUGAUGACAACUGGUGGACCCUGUAUGACUGUCUUUGGGUUGUUAUUAGUGAGAUGAAUGGAAAGGGCCCUAGCAAGACUCUUCCUAAGUCAACUUCUUUUGGUGGACCAUCCCUUGGGCAGAGAGCACGUGGCUUGGUUGAAUCAUUGAAUAUCCCUGCAGCGGAAAUGGCCGCAGUUGUUGUGUCAGGGGGACUUGGGAAUGCACUUGGAGGAAAAUCAAGUAAAAAUGUGGACAAAGCAAUGAUAUUAAGAGGGGAAAAGUGUCCAAGGGUAGUCUUCCGCCUGGUUGUCUUGUAUCUCUGCAGAGCAUCACUACAGAGAGCUUCUCGAGGUGUCCAGCAAGUGAUUCCACUUUUGCCGUCUCUUUUAUUGUCUGAUGAUGAGCAAAGCAGAAACCGAUUACAGCUUUUCAUAUGGUCUCUGCUGACUGUUAGGUAUCAAUAUGGGAUGCUUGAUGAUGGCACUCGUUUUCAUGUUAUAUCUCAUUUGAUCAGAGAAACUGUCAGCUGUGGUAAAUCGUUACUUGCUACUAGCAUAAUUGGGAGUAAUGAUUCAUUGGAACCUGGCACUGCACCAGCAGAAAUGGGUGCGGUGCACAAUUUGAUUCAGAAAGACAGAGUACUUAUUGCGGCUUCUGAUGAAGCAAAAUUUAUAAAAACUUUAAAGACCGAUCGCAUGAGACAGCUGGUUGACUUGCGUACUAGGAUGGACGAGAACUUAUUAACAGAAUCAGGCCAGAAAAAGGCAUUUGAGAAUGAGUUGCAAAGCAGCUUAAGAGGACUUCUUGCUUUGGAUGAUAGUAGGCGAGCUGCAUUCCAACUUGCUUGUGAUGAGGAGCAACAAGUUGUUGCUGAAAAAUGGAUGCAUGUCUUCCGUUCUUUGAUCGAUGAACGAGGACCAUGGUCAGCUAAUCCUUUCCCAAAUUGUGCUGUAAGACACUGGAAACUUGAUAAGACAGAAGAUGCAUGGCGCCGUAGGCCAAAGCUAAGACAAAAUUACCAUUUUGACGAAAAAUUAUGUUAUCCUUCAUCCAGUGCCUUAGAAAAAGAAGCUACAGUUUUAUCUUGUGAAAACAAAUCUGGUAUACCUAUUCCAGAGCAAAUGAAGCGCUUCCUGUUAAAAGGAAUACGCAGAAUUACUGAAGAGGUGAACCCUGAAGCCGAUGAGAGCGAUAAUGAAUCAAGUAGCUCUAAGGGAAUGACUUCAGAGGAGGUUCCAGAUGGUCAAUCCUCAGAGCUGCUCAAAGAUGGUGAGCAGAAGGAUGCAAUUCAAGAAAGAAAAGACUCUUCUUCACCUGCCUUCGAGACAGAUAGUGGUCAGGUUCUUGUCACUGUACCUUGCAUCAUGGUUACUCCAAAGAGAAAGUUAGCUGGACAAUUGGCAGUCUUAAAAAAUGUCCUACAUUUCUUUGCUGAAUAUCUGGUAGAAGGCACUGCAGGGUCCACAGUUUUUAGAACUUAUGAUUUUUUAAAGAAUCCUGAAUUAGAGAAAAGUGAUCAACCAGAUGGAGUUGAGAAGAUGAAAUUUCUUAAACUGACAGCAGAUACCAGUUUGGUUUAUGAGAAGCAUAAUGCUAUGGGUACUUUGGAGAAGCAAUUGAAAGGUAUCAAACGACAUCGUAGGUGGGAGGUCUCCAAGAUUAAAGCAGUGCACUGGACUCGCUAUCUGCUUCAAUACACUGCAAUUGAGAUUUUCUUAAACAAUUCUGUUGCUCCAGUUUUCUUCAAUUUUUCAUCACAGAAGAUGGCGAAAGAUGUUGGAAGCCUGAUAGUUACUACCAGAAACGAGUCACUGCUUCCAAAGGGAAGUCCUAAGGAUAGGACUACGACGAUCUCCUUUGUUGAUAGACGUUUGGCUCAAGAGAUGGCUGAAACUGCUAUGGAGAGCUGGAGGAGGAGGGAAAUUACAAACUUUGAAUACCUGAUGAUUCUUAACUCACUUGCUGGAAGGUCUUAUAAUGAUUUGACACAAUAUCCCGUCUUUCCAUGGGUAUUGGCUGAUUAUACCUCAGAGACACUUGAUUUCAACAAAUCCUCAACCUUUAGGGAUUUAUCAAAACCUGUGGGAGCUUUGGAUCCUAAGAGAUUUGAGGUUUUUGAGGAUAGAUACGAAAAUUUCUCUGAUCCUGAUAUUCCCAGUUUCUAUUAUGGCUCUCAUUAUUCGAGCAUGGGGACUGUGCUCUACUACCUUAUUAGGCUCGAGCCUUUCACUUCCCUGCAUCGGAACCUACAGGGCGGUAAAUUUGACCAUGCAGACCGUCUAUUCCAGAGUAUUGAAGGCACUUUCCGCAACUGCUUGUCAAAUACAAGUGAUGUAAAAGAACUAAUUCCAGAAUUCUUUUACAUGCCGGAGUUUCUUGAAAACUCAAACUCCUACCAUCUGGGUGUUAAACAGGAUGGCGAACCCAUUGAUGGUGUUUGCCUUCCUCCAUGGGCUAAGGGAUCACCUGAAGAAUUUAUUUACAGAAAUCGAGAGGCUUUAGAAAGUGAAUUUGUUAGCUCAAAUUUACAUCUAUGGAUUGAUCUAGUGUUUGGCUAUAGUCAGAGAGGAAAGCCAGCAGUUGAGGCGGCAAAUAUCUUCUACUAUUUGACAUAUGAAGGUGCUGUUGAUCUUGAUAACAUGGAAGAUGAAUUGCAAAGAUCAGCUAUUGAAGAUCAGAUUGCUAAUUUUGGCCAAACUCCUAUCCAGAUAUUUCGUAAGAAGCAUCCAAGAAGGGGACCACCGAUUCCAAUUGCUCAACCUUUACGUUUUGCUCCUGGUUCCAUUAAUUUGACAUCAAUUGUUACUAGCUUCGGUUAUUCUCCAUCAGCUCUAUUGUAUGUAAAUGUAUUCGACUCGAAUGUCAUCCUAGUUAAUCAGGGUCUCAUGAUGUCAGUAAAGAUGUGGUUAACAACCCAACUGCAGUCUGGUGGAAACUUUACGUUUUCUGGUUCACAGGAUCCAUUCUUUGAGAUUGGUUCUGAUGUCCUCCCUCCUCGUAAAAUUGGAAGUGCUUUGGCCGAAACUGUAGAACUUGGAGCCCAGUGCUUUGCUACUUUGCGAACACCGUCAGAGAAUUUUUUAGUAUCCUGUGGAAACUGGGACAAUAGUUUUCAGGUAGUAUCUCUUAAUGAUGGAAGAGUUGUCCAGAGCAUCAGACGUCAUAAAGAUGUGGUUAGCAGCGUUGCAGUGACCUCUGAAGGAAGUAUACUUGCUACGGGUAGCUAUGACACUACAGUUAUGGUGUGGGAGGUCUGUCGUUCUAGGACGCUGGAAAGGAGAGUUCGAAGCAGUCAAAGUGAGAUUGUCCGUAAAGAUUAUGUGAUCUCUGAGACCCCCUUCCAUAUUCUUUGUGGGCAUGAUGAUAUAAUUACUUGCCUACAUGUUAGCUUGGACCUGGACAUAGUUAUCAGUGGCUCAAAAGAUGGAACUUGCGUCUUUCAUACCCUACGAGAGGGACGAUAUGUAAGAUCUCUUCGUCAUCCAUCUGGCAGUGCAUUGACAAAGCUUGUUGUAUCACGACAUGGGCGGAUUGUGCUAUAUUCUGAUGAUGAUCUAAGCCUGCACCUCUAUUCAAUAAAUGGAAAACACAUUGCAAGUUCAGAGUCUAAUGGGCGCCUCAGUUGUGUAAAACUUAGUGUUUGUGGUGAAUAUUUGGUUUGUGCGGGUGAUCAAGGGCAAAUAAUUUUACGCUCUAUGAACUCCCUGGAAGUUGUUAAAAAGUACGCUGGAACAGGGAAGGUUAUAACCUCGCUCACAGUUACUCCUGAAGAAUGCUUUCUGGCUGGGACAAAAGAAGGAAGCCUUCUUGUGUAUUCAAUAGAAAACCCGCAACUAAGAAAAACUAACCUUCCCCGGAAUACAAAAUCUAAAUCUUCAGUAGCCGGAUAGCUGGAUAGAUGCUUUUUGUUGAAGCAGCAUAUAUUUGUGGUCAUUGUUUUGGCAAGCUAUGCUCUGCCUUACUACAGUUUCCGUGGCUGCUGGAGCUUGUGUAAUAAAUGCAGUGAUAACGGCUCUGGCGGCCAUCAUAUUCCUCUUCAUUGGGCUUUGUGUUCCUGCACGCAGAGUAAUGCAAUGGGAACAGCACUAGCAACAACUUCGAGGAUGUAAAAGAAGACAAGUCACCUCACCAUAUUCUUUCAUGUCAGGAACUGGUUGUGACAGCUCAAGAUUCGUGCAUCUCAUCGCCUCGUAAGCCGCCAAAUUACAUGCUGUAAGCUGUGUUUCUAGUUAUUGAUACACUGUAUAUAACGAUGUUAUAUAGAAAUAGUAAACUGCAACACAAUAUCUAGCCAGUGAGAUGACAUUUAUAUAGAGGUUUGUAGCAGUAAGCAGUAGUGUUAGCCCCAAACUUUGUACAGACGCGAUGACUCGUCCUCACAUAAUAGAAGGCCGUUUCUCCAAAA